AUGCUAAAAGAAGAAUAUCGAACCUACACUCCAUACGUUAAAUCGUUCAAUAACAGCGAUGUUAUUGAAUGUAUCAUAAAUCAAUCCGAUGCAUUUUUUGCGAUACAUGAUGCUCUGUUGGAAAUUAAAGGAAAAUUGGAAGUUACAGGUGCAGGACAAAUUCAGCUAGCAACCAACUUAGGAGCGUUCCUCUUCGAUAGCUGUUCCUACAGCGAAUGCUCUCGAGAAAUAGAAUUCGUCGGAGAUCCUGGAAUCGUAAGCACCGUACGAGCCUUAACAUGCUAUGGACCAGACGACAGUCGUUUCAUGAGUAUUGCGGGAUAG